CUGUAACAUUGGCAAACAGCAAAACAGAAUGGUUUCAAGAGCAGCCUUGCUAGUCGCGCAUGUAACGCUGCUGCUACUCCUACUAGCGAGCGCCACAAAUGGAGCAGAACCCUUCCACAUGGAAGAGUAUCUGAAAUUCCCACCCGUCUUCUUGUACGAUGACUUUGAAGAUUGCCGCCGGUACUACACUGACUACGUGUAUUGUGUGGUCAAGGCACCUCUCGAGCCAGACGAAUCGUCCGCGUUGUGGAGAAACAUCAGCGACUUUUCCAGUGACUAUCAUCACUACGACCAUCAAGUGUUAGAGCGGGGUGUAUGUCUGCAAAAGUGCCAGGAUGCACUGAUCCAAAAUGGUACCCAAAGUAUUGACAGUUACACCCAGACCGAUCUGAUUCACCAGUGCGUAAGCAAUGAGCUCACCACGCGGUACCAACUGAGAUUACAACCGGAGCUACACAUCCAGUACUGCUACUCCAAGAGCACCGAAAGCCUUCCUUAUGAUUGGCUUGAUGCCGUCUUUCUCCUGCUCGCGGGUACCAUCAUCUUCCUCGUCGUUGCCUCCACCGUGUACGAUCUACACGAGCAAGCGAAGCAACGAUUCCCGGAGAGUUACUUCGGUCGCAACCCUAAGCUUGGCCAUCAGCGCGUCCUCACUGCGUUCUCGUUUCCGCGCAACUUACGGCGCCUGAAAGAUCCACAGACAACCCAAACUCGCAUCGAUCUGGCUUGCUUCGAGUCAUUCCGAUGCGUCCAAACGUUGCGCGUCGUCUUUCUGCACGUCUCGAUCGCGCACAUGAAGUUACCGCAGCGCAACCCGGAGUUCUUCGAGCAACUGCAGCAAGGUGCAGCGCUGAAAACGUUCAUCGCCGAAUUUCAGAACUACGUGCAAACGUUCUUCGCCAUCGGUGGGAUGCUUAUGGCGAUCAACUUUCUCGAUCACAUCCGCAAACAUCCCAACUUCCGGUUGGCGUUCUUUGGUGAGCGGUUGCUUAAUCGCUUGUGUCGGUUAGUGCCAACGUAUGCGUUCAUGAUUUUGCUUGAAUCGUCUGUGAUGCGCCACAUGAUCGAUGGUCCGUUUGGGAAGCAGUUUAUUGGGGAAUCGAGCGAGAGCUGCCACCAGUGGUGGUGGGCGAAUUUAUUGUUCAUCAACAACUACAUUGGAUGGGCUGAACCGUGCUUCAUCCCCUCCUGGUAUUUGGCAACUGAUUUGCAACUGUACAUCUUCGGUCUGGCCAUCAUGAUGGUGUUCUGGAAGUGGCCCUCGACCAGGAAGUACAUCUUCGGAGGGAUCUUCGUGUACAGUGUGGUAGUGCCUGCCAUCGUGUACCUCACCUCCGACAUAACGCCCGUCAUGACGAUCGACAUGAAGGACACGGAGAAGUACAUCCGUGGCCAGCUGUUCCAGAGUGUGCUCUACUUCCCCUUCCACCAGAAUACGGGCGUCUACUUCUGUGGCAUGCUGGGCGGCAUGGUGUACCAUCAUUAUCGGGAUCAACGCAAGGAACUGUUCAAGCACGGUGUCUUCCGGCAGGUCGCCCAACUGAGCGGUAUGCUGUACGUGUUCAGCAUGGUGACCGUGGCUUGGGUUGUGACGAAUCUCUCCUGGUUACCGGCCGCCUGUCUGGCAGUGUACGCCAGCACUUUCAAGAUCAGUUGGGGUUUGUUUAACACCGUGCUGUUGGUGGUGUUGGCGCUGCUUCAUCGGCACAAUUGGGUAAAGAUGGCCCUCAGUCAUCCGAUCUUCGGUGUGCUGGGAAAACUCGGUUACAGUGUCUACCUGAUACACUUCACCGUCAUCGUACAGGUGUACGGCCGGGAGAAGGCACCGAUCUUCAGCAACGAGCUAAUUGUCGCCGGUUACACGGCCGAGGUGCUGUUCUUCAGCUACAUCCUCGGACUGGUCCUGUGUCUAAUGGUUGAGCUGCCAACCGGUGCGGUACUGAAAGAGCUACUGGAAACACCCUCCAGCAGCAGCAGCAGCAGCAGCAGCAGCAACAAACCGUCAUCAUCAAACACCAUCAACAGCAAGGUGCACACGGUCACAGAAUCGUCGAUCGGUGGACCAGUGACGGCACCAACAGGGGAUGUUACAAGUAACGCUGUUAACCAAGGAUCGGUGCCCAACGCAGCGCACUGAAGCAAGGCCGCUCUCUUCACUGUGAUACCAGCCAGGGGGAUGCAUCGGGACCCCUGUGUCUGGAGACUGAUGAUUCUAGCCCUCACCACUGUACAAAGUUACCAUCAUUGUUGUUGCUUUCUGGUAAAGCAACAAUACUCAC